CAGAGCGCUUCACAGAGCGGACGCACAGGCAGGCAGCACAGAGAGAGGCACACGCGAAUUAUUUACCAAGCUAGAGGAGGACAGGAAUGGUCGCUCUCCUCCGGCAGCAUCAUUUCGUUUUGAACAUGGAUUUGAGGACCAGAAGACACAUUGGAAUGAUUUUACAGCUCGCCGUCCUUCUCUGGUGUUCACAUGGGGCAAUUGGAAAAGACAGCUGUGAUGGCCCACUGGUGUCCAACCUGCCCCAAUCCUCCUUCAGAAGCUCCUCACAGUUAUCCAACAGCCAUGGGCCCGGCUUUGCUAAAGUCAACAGGAGAGAUGGUGCUGGAGGCUGGGCUCCUGUGGAGUCUAGUAAGUACCAAUGGUUGGAGGUGGACCUGGGGGAGCGGACAGAGAUCACAGCCGUGGCCACGCAGGGUCGCUAUGGCAGCUCAGACUGGGUCUCCUUCUUCCUCCUCAUGUUCAGCGACACGGGCUGCAACUGGAAACAGUACCGCCAGGAGGACAACAUCCGGGCGUUCACAGGGAACAGUAAUGCAGACAGUGUGGUGCAGUUUAAACUGCAGCAGCCAGUCUUCGCCAGGUUCCUGCGGUUACUUCCUCUAGAUUGGAACCCCAACGGGAGGAUAGGUCUGAGACUGGAAGCCUAUGGAUGCCCUUACAAGUCUGACGUGGCAAGGUUUGACGGCAGCAGCUGCUUGGUCUACAGGUUCAGCCCUAACCCAACAUCAAGUCAAACAGCCAAAGACACCAUCUCUCUGAACUUCAAAACCCUGCAGAACUCUGGGACCUUGAUACACACAGAGGGACAAGGUGAUCACACCAUCACGCUGGAGUUACACAAAGGAAAACUUUUACUCCAUCUCAGAAAAGAUAAAAGUGUCUCUCCUGGUCCUGAGAGCCACAUGGUUGUGUCACUGGGUAGUCUUCUAGAUGACCAGCACUGGCACCACGUAGCCAUCGAGCGCUUUAGUGGCCACCUCAACUUCACUGUGGACAAAAGCUCUCAGCAAAUCCAGGUUCCUGCAGAACUCAGUCCUUCCGAGAUAAACGAGAUUAGCUAUGGUGGUGUCCAGUGCCAUGGAAGUCAGAGGGUUAUGUCCAGGAGGAACUUCCAUGGGUGCCUUGAGAACCUGCUCUGGAACGAUGUGAACGUGAUAGAUCUGGCCAAACAGCAACAGCAGGUCUCCAUCACGGGCAAUGUGACCUUUACAUGUGCUGAGCCAGUCUCUGUCCCCGUGACGUUCGCCGGCGCGCAGAGUUUUCUCCAGUUGCCAGGGGCAGCGCAGCAGCAGAGAGAUGGCGGCGGGGUUGCCGUGGCGGCGGUUGGCGUGGCGAUCAGCCUGCAGUUCCGGACCUGGAAUAGAGCGGGCCUUCUGUUAACCUUUGACCUCCAGCAGCAGGCGGGAAGCCUGUGGCUCUACCUGAGUGAAGCCAGAGUCAGGCUGCAGAUACACAAGGCUGGAAGAUACUCAAUCCUAGUGGACGUAACUGCAGGAUUUGGUCUGAACGAUGGCCAGUGGCAUUCAGUAGACCUAACUGCAAGGAGAGGUCAUCUGACCAUCACUGUGGAUAAAGAGGAAGACUCCACGGCUCAUGCCAGCCCAUCUUUCCCCGUGGUAUCAGGAAACAACCUCUUCUUUGGAGGUUGCCCGGACAGUGAGAAUAACCAGGAGUGCAGAAACCCCUUCAACGUGUUCCAAGGCUGUAUGAGACACAUCCAUGUGGAUAACAAUGCUGUGGAUCUCAUCAAGGUACAACAGAUGCUAAUAGGAAACUACAGUGAUCUCCAAAUCGACAUGUGUGGAAUCAUCGACAGAUGCUCUCCAAGCCAUUGUGAACACGGGGGGAGAUGCACCCAGUCUUGGAGUACCUUCCAUUGCAACUGUUCGAACACGGGCUACAGUGGAGCAACAUGUCACAGCUCUGUCUAUGAGAAGUCAUGUGAAGCGUAUAAACACCAGGGUAACACAUCAGGCCUGUAUUACAUAGAUGUGGACGGAAGUGGUCCGAUAAAGUCACAGCUGAUCUACUGCAACAUGACAGAUAAAACAUGGCUGGUGAUCCAACACAAUAACACGGAGCUAACCAAAUUAAAGGCCUCAUCUGGGAUAAAUCAGCAUUUAGCCUAUUUGAACUAUUCUGCCGACGCGGAACAGCUCUGGGCCAUAAUUACCCAGGCAGAGCACUGCGAGCAGGAAGUCCUCUACCACUGCAGAAAGUCACUCCUCUUAAACACACCAGAUGGAUCUCCGUUCACCUGGUGGGUGGGUCGUACAGAUGAGCCCCAGACAUACUGGGGUGGGGCGGUACCAGGGAGCCAGCAGUGUGGCUGCGGUCUUCAGGGGAACUGCAUCGACUCAGACCACUACUGCAACUGUGACGCUGACCGCAAAGAAUGGGCGACUGACUCUGGUCUGCUCACCCAUAAGGAGAAUCUGCCGGUCAGAUGGGUGGUUGUUGGGGAUAUACAGAGACCUGGAUCAGAGGCAGCCUAUAAAGUCGGACCACUCAAGUGUCAUGGCGACAAGAACUUCUGGAACGCAGCGUUCUUCAACAAAGAGACGUCAUAUCUGCACUUCCCCACGUUCCACGGAGAGCUGAGUGCAGACAUCUCCUUCCUGUUCAAAACCACCGCUGCUUCAGGAGUCUUCCUGGAAAACCUGGGCAUCAAAGACUUCAUACGGGUGGAACUCAGCUCGCCGACAGAGGUUGUCUUCUCGUUUGACGUGGGCAACGGCCCCUUUGAAGUGCGGGUGGAGACAGGCGAUGUGGCACUAAAUGACGACAGGUGGCACCGUGUUCGAGCGGAGCGGAAUGUAAAAGAGGCUUCGCUGCGUGUGGACGCUUUCCCCAACGCCACACAGAAGGCUCCCGCCGAUGGUCACAUCCAUCUGCAGCUCAACAGCCAGUUAUUUGUAGGUGGCACAGCCUCCAGAAUGAAAGGCUUCCUGGGGUGUAUCCGCUCGCUGCAGCUGAACGGGAGGACACUGGACCUGGAGGAGAGGGCCAAGAUCACGCCCGGGGUGAGGCCGGGCUGCCCGGGACACUGCAGCAGCUACGGGGAGCUGUGCCAGAACCAAGGGAGGUGCGUGGAGAUGUACAACGGCUUCUCCUGCGACUGUGGCCUCUCAGCCUAUGCAGGCCCCUUCUGCCAGAGAGAGGUCUCGGCUGACUUCAAACCUGGGACAUCGGUCCAGUACACAUUCAAGGAGCCGUAUGAGCUGAACAGGAACAUCAGCACCCAGUCCUCCUCCAUUUACUCUGACCUCAAGCUACGGGGAGAGAAUGUGUCAUUCAGCUUCCGUAGCUCCCAGAGUCCCGCGCUGCUCCUCUACGUCAGCUCCUACUAUAGAGAGUACCUGGCUGUGCUGCUCAAUAGGAAUGGUUGCCUGGAUGUUAAAUACAAGCUGCAGAACAGUAGAGAUGCUGAGGUGUUCAGGACCAGCGUUAGGAACCUGGCCAACGGACAACUUCACAGAGUCUCCAUCAGAAGGCUUUCAGAGACUGUCAGUGUUCAGAUUGACCAGCACGAAAGGGAAGACUUCAAUCUCACAUCUGAUGCAGAAUUCAAUGCUAUCAAGUCAGUUGUCCUGGGGAAAGUGCAUGAGUCUGGUGAGCUGGAUCCAGAGAUUGCCAGGCUGAACUCCCAAGGUUUCAGUGGCUGUCUGUCGGUGGUCCAGUUUAACUCCGUAGCCCCACUGAAGGCAGCGCUGCUUUACCCCAACACCAGCCCAGUUAUAGUGAUUGGAUCCCUAGCAGAGUCCACCUGUGGCUCCUCAUCUCCAGCCAAUCCCUACCCAGCUGAAACUACACACUCCCUAUCAGAUCAUUUAGGUACAGUAGGUACUGGUGAGCUUAUAGUCAAUGCAAUCAAGAGUGACUCUGCAUUGAUUGGAGGUGUGAUUGCUGUGGUGAUAUCUGUGAUUCUGUGUGCGUUGGCAAUAAUGGCAAGGUUCCUGUAUCGACGGAAAGAGACAUUCCACACCCAAGAACCCCAGGGAAUCAAACCUGAGGCCGACAGUCCUGAAUACCCUUUCCACAGCGAGCCCAACUCACAGAACAUACUAAGUGAAAACCAAAAGGAGUAUUUCAUAUAAGUCCAACUAUCCACAUCUCAACCUUCUCUAUGUUGGACUAAUCCAAUGAAUCUGAUUAAGGAAGGACAAGCCUUGCCAAGCCCUAGAGACGUUAAUUAUGUUCACAGUACAUUACACACACAGUACAUGCAGUAAAAGACCAUCAGCAACUGUCAAAACAAGAUGGCUGACCAAGAUUUGAAGAAGACAACAAAUAAUCUGUAAAUGCAUCCAUGUAUUGUGGUUUCAAGUAGUUACCACAGCCACAAAACCAAAUUGGCUAUAUCGUAAACAAUAAUGGAAACUAAAGUUUGCUUUUCGGUGUUAAUUUAAGGUUAGGUUUAGGCAUAAGGUUAGCAGUGUAGGUACGGAUUGUGUUAGGUUUGAGAGAAUCAUAUUUGAGAGAAAUUGUAGCAAUAGACUGGGUUGAAGACUUUGUGGCUGUAGUAACUAGUGAUGACCACAUAUUGUUUACUGUUUUUUGUACACACUGUUUGUACUGGUAAUAUGACACAAGUGUAGAUGAUAGACUUUGAAAGGUGUUGAUACUGUCAUUCAUGGGGGUGUAAAUAUUCUUUGAAAAUGUAAAUGUUGAAUUAAUUCAUGUCUUUAUAACAAUCGCUGUCUAAUAUUCCUCUCCGGUGGUACAGUACUGAAAAUAUAAUAAUAAUGCCUGGAUGGAUUUAUACUGUGUGUACUUGCAGUACGGUUAUGAAGAUGAUACAAUACAUGUUUGGAUUAUUGAGUUGAAAGUAUUUUGGUAUUAUGAUGAUGCAAUUGCUUUAUUGAGAGAUUUAGAUGUCUUAGCCAUAGAGAUUACCUCUACAGCACACACAGUAUAUACUGUACUGUGUAUUACAGUAAUAAUAUCUCAAAAUCUGUUGACCAAAAUACAUGAGAACAUGUAUUGAACAAACAUAUCGAAUCGAACAUCCCACUGACAAAACUUAUGUAAAUACAGUAUUAUGUUCCAAAUGUUUUUUGUUUUUUUACUUCACUGUACUUCAGAAAGUUCUGUGGCAAGCAUAACCUGUAAUUUUGUGUGCUUGCUCUGCAUUAUCCUUGAUAAAAAAUAAAAGCAUAGCCAUUUAACGGUUUUCUUUGAAACACUGCUUCCUUACCACCCACAGCUAGAACACUUUGACAGACCGAAUUCUCAGAAAAGCUUUGAACGGAACUCACAACAUUAGGCUCACUCUAAAACACUCUGGCUAAUCACAACCUUCCUUUCACAAGGUGCUAAUCUUUAUGAGAAUACGCAGUUUGGUUUGUCAGACAGACAGACAGGUUUGGUGGGAUUGGUGAUUCAUAGGAAGCAGAAUGAUAAUCAGAGGAAGUUCAUCUGAGACACGCUGACAGAGUCAGAGAAGAGGAGAUGGAUCUGAUGAAUGUCAACCUGUCUAUCUGUCAGCGUGUCUUCAUUCAGUUCAAACAACAGUACAGACUAGAUCAGGAAGGUAAAGAGGAGAGGAUUGUCGUCAUCAGUUGCUGUUCAUCACACAAACACUGCUCUGCUCUCUGUGUUCGUUGGAACCCUGGAGAACAUAGCUAGUACUUUAAAUGGAAGACUUUUGACCAUUUCUACGACAUUCUUUUCUUCCACAUUGCUUUUUUUCCUGGUCAGAUGAGAUGUUCCCAUUGUAAUCAUUGUAUGGAUCUACUAUAUGUUGGUUGGAGACAGGUGACCAUACGGAGGUUUUUCUACAGCCCUCAGAGUCACAGAAAUGACGCUGCACAAUAUUUAAAUAUUUAACGAGGCAAGUCAGUUAAGAACAAAUUGGGAUUGAACUGAACACUACUCAAUGAAACUAUAAUGGAAUGAUGCUUAUUGGUGAUUAACAGUAUAACGUCAGUGACUGUUUUCAUUAUAUUCAGGUUGUUUUGAUUAACAAGUAUAUCCUGUUCAAUAAAAUUCAAAUUGAUCAGUUAUUGAAUAGUGUUGAAUGAGAAACAUGUUUUUGAUGCACUAUAGACAAAUCAUGAUACACCAUAUAUGUGUAAAGGAUUGUAAAGGAAGUGUUGACAAUUGAAACCAUCCACCACUUCUGUCACUACUAAUGCUUCCAUUCAAUAUCAAACUCCUGUCCACUGUCCAUAAUGGAACUCAUUCUGUGUAACUUUAUGGCGAGAUGCAUUGAAUUAAAUAUUGAGAAACCUA